AUGGAUGGAAACCCAAAAGUAGACCACAUCUUCCGUCCGUGGGACGUGGAGUGUAAAACCGAGACGUCGCCGAUCCAAGUGAACGUCAAGUGCGACCUGAUAAAUUGUAACCAAGUUCUCCCCUCGCCGUCAAGUUCCGUUUCCGUUUCCGGGAGAAGUUCCAGUGCCACCGUCGAGAGCAAUGGUUCCCAAGGUCGAGAGAACGACAAUCUUACGAAGCUGUCGAGCCUCGUCGAUCGGGCGAUCCCAAGCACAUCGACAACCGAUGGUUCCGUUGACGCCAGCAGUGAAAUCAUGUAUUUCCCAAACAGUUUCUCUAUCCACGAUCACCGGUCACCACCGUGCUCGGCUUUCGAUCCAGCACAUCCGGCCAAUUACCCUUCGGGAUCCUUCCCGUUUCCCAGUGGCAAUGGACCCUGCCUUGACCACCAGAAACUCAUCGCUUGGCAGGAACAUGUCGCGGCAUACAAGCGGUUGGAGUAUCAAAGACGAUUAGCUAUCGAAGAGGCAGCGAGGGCGCUACAACAUCACGAGACUCUUGUUAAACAGAGCAAGAAACUAAGGCCGAAGAAGUUUCCUUGCCCCCACUGCAACGUCGCGUUCAGUAACAACGGUCAACUCAAAGGACACAUCAGGAUACACACAGGAGAGCGUCCGUUCAAGUGCGACGAGGAAAAUUGCGGCAAGACUUUCACAAGAAACGAAGAGCUGACGCGUCAUAAACGCAUUCACAGCGGUUUGCGACCGUACGCUUGUGAGUCUUGCCGCAAGAGGUUUGGUCGAAAAGAUCACCUCAAAAAACACACCAGGACGCACGAGACGAGGGGACCAGCCGUAUACAUUCCGGUACCGGGUGCAUUGGCGUUUCCGCCCGAACAUCCGGUCUAUCCCUUCUACUACGGGAUGUAG